UAGGUGUUUCUGAAACUAAGGACAAGGAUGAUGUAGCCUUGAUGUGCCAUUGAAAGGUUCAGUUGAUCAAAGCUUGUUCUAAAAGCAGUUCUUAACUGAAAAUGUCUGUUCAAGGUACUCAUUUUCGUUUUCCCCUUGGAUAUUAAUGUUUCAGUGUUUCACAAUGUUCAUUGAUAAGUCAAAGAGUUUGGCUAUUGCACUUCUCUUUGAGAAGGUUGAGGUUGACUACAGUAUUAUCUCAUUACCUCUUUUCAUAAUAUACCAGUAUGGUCUGAACAUGCAUGCUUAUUUAGAUAACAUUGUUUUCAAGAUGUGCUAGAAAUACUGCAGUUUUUUAGAUCUGUAACUAGAUGAAAAGAGUGAAUAGAGUGAUCCAACUGCUCAUCAAUUGUUCAGUUGUUCCUAUUAUCUGUUAGGGAAGAUCUGUAUCAACUUGCACAUAUACUUCAAAUUGUUCAUGAUCAAUUAUUGGUCUUGCACUCAUUAAACUAUGGAGGGUGGAUAUUGAUAUAUAAGCACACUGGAUACUGUCUUUUAGUUACAUGCUUGUAUGGUGCUUUUGUGGCUAUUGCAUUGCCACACAAGCAGAAAAAUGUUGAUAGUAUCUUAAAAAAGUAAAGUAUCGUGCAUAAGUUUACCUAGAAUCUGAUUUGUGAUCUGGUUCAGUGCCAAGUGCUAAAUUGAGGUGCACUGGAGGUGUAUCAUUAUAAAUAAUUCUUUAUCUGUCAUCUAUAUAAAGCAGUCAUGGUGGUUACGUUAUUUAUUCUGGGGGGCCACUGAAACCUCACUCAGAACGUAAUGUGUACACAUUAGUUUUUCUUAUCAUGUCAGGUUGACCUGCCAAUUUUAUGCAGCUAGAUUUGUCACUGAAACUAUCACAUAUGCUGAGCAUUGCUUAUUUCUCCUUACUAUGUAAAUUGGUUACCACUUUACUACUGUCAGUCCUUAACUGCUGUUAUAACAAGAAUGACAUUGCAUUAACUGGGAAAAUUUGUAGAAGCUCAUUGCUGAUCAGUUAACAAUGAAGACACUGCAGUUAUGGGGAAAGUCAAAAGUGCCCUUGGUUGCAGCUCCACCCAAUUUAAUUUGAAAAUUCUGUUAAAAAAGGGCCUACUGACUUGUAAAUUUCUAAAUUUAAUGUAGUAUAAGCUCACACUUAAUAGUGCUUGUGAUCCGAUGGUUAGUUUGUAUUGCAAUAGGAAAAGAAUCAACACAUGAUAGAUUAUGUCAUACUUUAACUGAUCAUGAUUUCAAAGGUAGACAAAGCCAGUAAAAUGUAAUAAUACGCUUUUAGGUGUUACUCAAGUCAUGUUUAUUUCAGUUCUCUUAUAGUGAUACCUAUUACAAUGGUUAAUCUUACUGUAAAGAGGGGCGAGGUUUGCAUUUACUCAGCAUUCAUCAAACAGAGUUUUGGUUUCAAUAACCAAAAAGUUUUGUAUGCUGUAUCUGUUAGUCUGCGAUGUGAUGAGUAUGCAACAGUACUAUGGCACCAUUCUUCUUUGGUGUAAAGGAUUAAGUUUCAGGUUCUGUCUGUGAUAAUCAUUUGCACCAGGAUCAGAAAUGAGAAAAUCUAGUCAAUUUUUUUUGGAAGAUCAUAAUGAUUGAUUUACCAAUCACCUGCUAUUUAUUAAUUCCCAUAUGCAGCAUUUCAUAAAAUUGGGAAAUUGUGUAACUGCUGCAUCAUCUUGGUCCAAAUUGCUUCUACUGGCACUAGCACCGUUGGAACCUGGGUGUAGAGUCUAGACCACUCAGGCAAUAAAGCCCAUUCAGGCAUUUACCAAGAUAUUGCCAGAUGUGGCGUCACAGAUUUCAACUUUCCACAGCUGUGAUAGCUGCAUGCCAGUUUGUAGGUAUGUCUAUCAUAGAAAUGCACGGACAGCAUUUCUCCUAUUCUGAUUUGGGACCAUCCUUCCUUCCUUGGCUUCUUGUAGUGCCAAAAAGGAACCAUGGUGGUUUCAUGAGACUGGUUACUUGUCGAAUGAAGAAAAAUGUGGCAAGCACCAAUUUGAUUGAGGAAAAAUGAACGGUGUGUACUGGUCCUGCCUAGAUGUGCAUGCCUGUCUCUUUUCAUGUCCUUCCUUUUUAUCCUUCUUUUAUUCCUAGACUGCACUUCUGUCAAAUCACUAGCUUAUGGUGCCUACAACUCUCCAUACCUCAAGAGCCAAAAUAUAAAGCUGAAUGAGAUGUUUAUUUUUAAUUUGACAUCUCUAGUAGGUGGCCCAGAAAUUCACCAUUUUGCAGUUCUUUUUCCCCUUUCUGAGGAUAGAAGCACAACCCGAUAACCAUGGACCAGAAUAUCUUCCUUUUGGGGGGCUCAGGGAGAGGUCUAUAAAGCCUAUGCUACCUAGAAGAUCUAUCCAUGCGGUUAACCACAGCAUAGAAGCUGUUAUGACACUGAGAGAUCUCUCUGAAUUUUCAAACAGCACACACAUGCAAAUAGGGACAAGAGUCCAAAAUUCUUGCAGAAUACAAACACAAGUUGCAUGAUUGCCUUGCCAAAAACCCAAGGGCAGCACAAGUGUGUAACAAACAGAUAAUAAUAACAAUAUAUAUUAGGUAGGCAACUUGCACAAGUGUGCCUUUGUCUCUUCCCACCCAGCCUUUACUCAACAGGGGUUGGUUUCUUACCCAGCCAAACCAUCAAGCAUGACAGUGUAGGUUGCCAAUCAGAACACUCUGGAUUGCAUAUUCACAUUAAUUUUUGACCACUUGAUAAAAAGUAUUCUCCUGUGUCUUGAAGUUGAUCUUAAUGUAUUUGUACAACAGUGUUUGUAAUGGAGCCAUGGACACAGGAAACGCUGAAAAUUAAAUUAUAGCUGCUAUCUUUGUUAGUUUGUUAUGAUGGAAACCGGCAGUAAACCUUCUGGUCCAUAAAAAGCCUGACAUGCACUGUGCUGUGUGAAUGUCUUGAAGAUAAUUAUUGAACACAAUGAAAAGCUCUCCUUGCAAUACUGUCAACAUCACAGCUAGUGUUCCUCCUUUCUUUCCUGCCCAUUUCCUUAGUUAUAUAACAUGCAGCACUUCGCCAUGUUUGGUUAUUACAUGCUCGUGCCUCGUGCAUGAAGCCUCCUGCAUGCUACUAUUAGAUAGGGAGGCGAUCUCUUCCUUGUCUCCACUACAACAUGGGAGAAAACAGAAAGAUCAUCAUGCCAAGGUUAGUAACAAGCAAGCUACUGCACCGCCAACAGCUGCAUGGUCACGGAUCUGUCUCUGAGGUUUCGAGCGUAGUGGAGGAAAACUUGGGAAAGAGACCCCUGAAUGUCCACAAAGAUACAUUUGUAUACAGGGUGUUUACUAGUACCUGGAAUGUUGGUGGUAUUGCACCAUCUGAUGAAUUGGACUUGGAGGAUUGGUUGGAUGCAAGGGCCAACACCUGUGACAUCUAUGUUCUAGGGUUCCAGGAGAUAGUGCCACUAAAUGCAAGAAACGUGCUUGGUCCUACGAAGAGCUGUAUAUCUGCAAAGUGGAACUCGCUAAUUGGGGAGGCACUCAACAAAAAGGAAAGAAAAGAAGGCGCAGAGUUGAACCAAGAAUCUACAAAUAGCAGUGCAGUGGAGGGCUCUAUGCAGGGAGAAGGUUUCAGAUGCAUCAGGAGCAAACAGAUGGUUGGCAUCUUUACCUCAGUAUGGGUGAGAAGCAACCUUAGGCCAUUCAUUCACCAUCUAGAUGUGUCAUGCAUUGGUUCGGGUAUCAUGGGCUGCCUAGGGAACAAGGGUUCUGUUUCAAUCCGAUUUGUGUUGCAUGAGACGAGCUUUUGCUUUGUCUGUUGUCACCUGGCCUCAGGUGGCAAAGAAGGGGAUGUUCUGCUGAGGAACUUGGAUGUCGCGGACAUACUUGCUAGGACAUGGUUCCCAGGUCGUGCAACUCAGGAAUUACCAGAGAAGAUCAUUGAGCAUGAUCAAGUAGUUUUGCUCGGUGACUUGAAUUAUAGGAUCUCCUUGGAAGGGGCCGAAACAAGGUCGCUGGUGAAAGCCAAGAACUGGGCCAUCUUGUUAGAAAACGAUCAGCUACUAUUUGAGUUCUCUAGGGGGCGGCAUUUUGAGGGGUGGCAAGAAGGGUUGAUCACGUUCUCCCCCACCUACAAGUACCACCACAACUCCGAUCAGUAUUACUGGUGCUUUGAUGGUGCCCGGGGCGAGAAGAAGCGUGCACCAGCAUGGUGCGAUCGUAUUCUAUGGAGGGGCAAGGGACUGAAGCAAGUCCAAUACGAGACAUGCAACUACAGGUUAUCGGAUCACCGCCCAGUGAGAGCGGUUUUCCACGCCGAAUGUGACGCGUAUCAGAGGGGGCGCAGAAGUAAACGGCCAGAAUCCACGCUGAAUUCAGCGAGCGACUGAGGUAGAGAAACCUACCAGAGAGUUCGCACGGACGCUGAGCGUCAAAUCAAGAAUUGGACGGGAGAUUUGACCAAGCUAGUAACCAAGAAAUUUCUUCUGAGAUGAAUAUGAAAUUGCUUUUCCUGGAGAGGAUGAGAAUUUCCAGAACGCUGGCUGGGCUGUGUGCAACUAGAUUACAUGAAUGAUACUUGGGCCAGUUUAACAGGUUCAGAAAAGAUGCCCUCAAACAAAAAAGAAAAAGAAACAAACAAAAACAGGUGCAGAUUUUCGUUUGUUUUAUUAUUGGCGCUGUUCAAAUAUUCUUUUCUUUCUCGUUUAAAAUUUGUUUAUUCAGGGCUUUCGGCUUUUAUCAUUCAUUAUUAUCCUGGUAUACUGGAAGAAUAUCGUGUAUGCAUGUCUUUCCUCUCUAAAAUUGGUAUCUGUACAUUACCUAAAAGCUCAAUAAGGGUCCGAUGGCAAGCUCUAGCUGUUGGAUCACUAA